AUGGACGACCAGGGGUAUAUCGAGAGCGCCGUGCAGGCGGUGCAGAACAAACGUCAGGUGCCCGAGAUUGACUUUACGCUGCAUACCAUGGAGGAUGGUACGCAAGUGAGCACGCAGGAGCGAGUAUGCAAAGACGUACAAGCACCCGCCUUCAGCUGCCCUACUGAAGAGCAGAUUGUCUCGCCCACUGACCGAUCGAAGCCCAACCUCCAGUUCCUGAAGCAGCACCUCUACAGAGAAGGCCGCCUGACCGAAGAGCAAGCGCUAUGGAUCCUGAACUCCGGCACAGCACUGCUGCGCGCCGAGCCGAAUAUGCUGGAGAUGGACGCACCCAUAACAGUGUGCGGCGACAUCCACGGCCAAUAUUUCGACUUGAUGAAGCUGUUCGAGGUUGGCGGCGACCCUGCCGAGACGCGGUACUUGUUCUUGGGCGACUACGUGGAUAGAGGAUACUUCUCGAUUGAGUGUGUGCUGUACUUGUGGGCGCUCAAGAUGUGGUAUCCGAAUACUUUGUGGCUGCUGCGCGGGAACCAUGAGUGUCGCCAUUUGACCGACUACUUCACCUUCAAGCUGGAGUGCAAGCACAAGUAUAGUGAGAAGGUGUAUGAGGCUUGCAUGGAGUCGUUCUGCUCUUUGCCAUUGGCUGCUGUUAUGAACAAGCAGUUCUUGUGCAUUCACGGCGGAUUGAGCCCUGAGCUGCACACGCUGGAAGAUCUGAAGGCGCUGGACCGUUUCCGUGAGCCGCCAACUCAUGGUUUGAUGUGCGAUAUCCUUUGGGCCGAUCCACUGGAAGAGUUUGGCCAGGAAAAGACGCAGGAGUACUUCGUGCACAACCAUGUCCGAGGCUGCUCGUACUUCUUCAGCUACCCUGCAGCAUGCGCUUUCUUGGAGAAGAACAACCUGCUCUCGAUCAUCCGCGCGCACGAGGCGCAAGAUGCAGGCUACCGCAUGUACCGCAAGACGAGGACGACCGGCUUCCCAUCCGUCAUGACCAUCUUCUCCGCGCCAAACUAUCUGGAUGUCUACAACAACAAGGCUGCCGUGCUGAAAUACGAGAAUAACGUGAUGAACAUCCGGCAGUUCAACUGCACCCCUCAUCCUUACUGGCUUCCGAACUUCAUGGAUGUCUUCACCUGGUCGCUUCCUUUCGUCGGCGAGAAGAUUACGGAUAUGCUCAUUGCGAUCCUGAACACCUGCAGCAAAGAGGAGCUGGAGGAGGACACGCCAUCGUCGGCCGGCCCAGCAUCGCCGCCGCUCGGCCACCAGACUACCGCUGGCAUGGAUCCCGACAGCAUCGAGUACAAGCGCCGAGCAAUCAAGAACAAGAUCCUAGCCAUCGGCCGCAUGUCGCGCGUCUUCCAGGUAUUGCGCGAGGAGUCUGAGCGUGUUACGGAGCUCAAGACAGCAGCUGGUGGUCGGCUGCCAGCGGGCACACUCAUGCUUGGCGCAGAAGGUAUCAAGCAGGCUAUCACGAACUUUGAGGAUGCGAGAAAGGUUGAUUUGCAGAACGAGCGUCUGCCGCCUAGCCAUGAGGAAGUGCGUAGGAGCAGUGACGCGGCCAGGGACGAGGCGCUUAAGCGGGCCAGUCGCGAGGCGGAGAAUGAUACGCAGUUGGCGGGUGUGGCGAGGAGGAUAUCGAUGUGA